UUUUGAUAACACUUUGUUACAAAAGUACAAGUUUCCGAGAGUGGAGGUUACAUUCCACUUAUUGUUCACAACCUUCAGUAGCGUCAUUUGGUACAUAGCAAUUCAGCGCAACUUGUCAGCAGAACCGAUAUCAACUAAACCCAGAAAUGUCCAAACUCGUGGAGAGCGCUAUGUCACGAUCCAAGUUGAUUGGGGAGCUCUUGGUUAAGUACGUCUUUGACACCCUCUGCCACAUUGAAACAGUGAGGGAGUUCUGUGAGAGGCAUUACAAAUGGGUCCUUCUUAGGGAGGGAGAACUGGAAAUGAUGAAAGACAUCCAAAAGAGAGCUGAGCGAAUCAAUCUAAAGUUUGCUGAUGUCCGUAACUCAACGACCAAGUUCAAGGCAUUUGGGGAGUACAUAUUAAGUGGCCUGAAUGCAUCCAGAAAGCUUGAAGCACUGGAGAAGGAGCUUGAUGCUGUACUGAAAGACACUUUGGAUGGGAUGGAGAAGCUGGACUGCUUUCUACUUGGUGCAGAGUGCCUGGCAGUCACCUGCCUGUCUGUGUUUGACGAGAACACGUUCCUUUGUCUGCCUCAGGGGAUGAGCCCUGCCAGUGUCCAGGCUAUCAUCACUGAUGCCAGAAAGGCCUACCCUCUCCUCAUCCAUUUUAAGCGGGAUGCCAAGGACUUCUUUAUGCCCAGUCUCUUCAAUGUAGAAGUACUGACCUUUCAGCUGGACAGAUACAUACAGUUCAGCAAGCAGCUCUGUAAUACAAUGGAGCAAAGUAGCUCCAUCUGUCGGGCAUUUUGUAAGAAUAACAAAAACUCUGUGGUCAACCUUGGUGAAGAUUUGAGUGAAGAGUCCUUGGAAAAUAUGCUCCAACAUCUGAAUCAACUGAACGAUAUCAGGAUGGACCAGGACUUCAGAAUGGCGUUCCUGUUCCACGAUAUGUCUCAGCGCUUUAUUGACCAGUUCAAACAGUGCCAACCCAGGAUGGAGAAGUUCUUAACUGAGCUGGGGGAGAGUGCUAUGAAAUUAGACAGGAUGAAAAAGGGGGCUAAGAUCUCCAGUGUAGCCGGCAGCUCACUUGGGUUGACCGGAGGAGUCCUAUCCAUCGUUGGCAUAGCUCUUAGCCCUGUGACUGCUGGGGUGUCUCUAGGCCUCACCAUUGCAGGGGUAAGCUUGGGGGUCACCAGUGGCGUCAACAGUAUAACCACUUGUGUUACAGAGUUCUUUGUCAAUAGAACCAAUCAGAAGAAAGCCAGUGAAGUCUUUCAGCGUUUCAUGGAGGAUGUGGAGAGGCUUCAAGAGUGUAUGGAGGAUGUGGCCAGGAAUAGGGAACCAAUCCUGGGGAGAAAUAAGCUGAAUGACGUACUGGUAGCAGGAAAAGUGAUUGCCACUGCUGGCGCAGUCGGGAAAGCCAUCGACUCCAUGGUGGACUGUGUCUCAGCUGUAAAGGUCUUGGGGACAGAAAACCUUUGUGCAACCGUUGGUAUGGUGACACUUCAGGAAGGCCAAGCUGCACGAAGCCUGUCCAAGCUAGCAGGGGACAUCCCGGACAUUGGACAGGUGGCCAAAGGCACCCCACUUGCCCUUGGCAAAGCAGCUCGGGUUGGUUUCAUCACCCUCAAUGCCCUUUUCAUUGGCCUGGAUGCCUUCUUCAUCUGCAAAGAUAGCAUAAACCUGGCCAAAGGCAGUAAAAGUGAAAUCUCCCAAUUUUUAUGUGCCCGAUCAGUAUUGUGGCGCAAAGAGCUGGAAUCCUGGCAGAGGAUCAAUGAUUUGCUAUGUAGAGGAAUUUUGAAGAUUAAGAAGUGCCAGGAAAUACUGGAGCAGCCAUUUUACCCUUUGGAGGAGAGAAGCUGAGGGAACAAAAAACACAUGUUGAUAAAGCAGUUGCACAACAAUGAUUUACUAGCUUUUAUGUGCAUGAGGCAUAUUUCUAACAAAUUUACUUACUUUCAUACAUUUUUGUAUCUGAUUGUGUAUUCACGACCUUGUUAAUGUAUCAGAGACAAUGACAGAAAACAAACACUAGGGCAGGAGGAAAUUAAAUAGGGACAUAACGAGGGGCAAAUGAGGAACAGGGGACCAAACUAAAUGAAACAGGUGAAAACCAAGGGGAAUCAAAGGGUAAAAUGGCUGGUGAAAUCAAUAAACCAAGGGGAACCAAACUGAACAUAGAAACCAAGAAACAGAAAGACACACAAAAAAAAAAUUGGUACCCUUUUGUUAAAGUAAGAAAAACCCACAAUGUUCACUGAAAUAACUUGAAACAAAAGUAAUAAUAAAUAAAAACUCACUGAAAAUGAAUUAAAGAAAAUAAGCCAAAAAGUUAUGAAACUGGCCUGGACAAAAAUGAUGGUACCCCUAGAAAAAAUUGAUAAUUUAAUUAGCAUCACAGGUGUCUUCAAACUUGUAAUCAGUAGUUAGUCUGCAUAAUUAAAGGGUGAAAAGUAGUCACUGUGCUGUUUGGUAUCAUGGUGUAUACCACACUGAACAUGGACCACAGAAAGCUAAGGAGAGAGUUGUCUCAGGAGAUUUGAAAGAACAUUUUAGAUAAGCAUGUUAAAGGUAAAUGCUAUAAGACCAUCUCCAAGCAGCUAGAUGUUCCUGUGACUGCAGUUACACAUAUUAUUCAGUAGAUAAAGGUCCACGGGACUGUAGCCAACCUCCCUGGACAUGGCUGCAAGAGGAAAAUUGAUGACAAAUUGAAGAGACGGAUAAUACAAAUGGUAACCAAAGAGCCCAGAACAACUUCCAAAGACAUUAGAGGUGAACUCCAAGGUCAAGGUACAUCAGUGUCAGAUCGCACCAUCUGUCACUGUUUGAGCCACUGUGGACUUAAUGGAAGACGACCAAGGAGGACACCAAUGUUGAAAUCAUAAAAAAGCAAGACUGGAAUUUGCCAAAAUGUAUAUCGACAAGCCACAAAGCUUCUGGGAGAAUGUGCUUUGG